ACGGCCGAGCACGUCCACGGUAGCCACGGGAAGGACAAAGCCCUGAGGUCUCCUCAUUGUCGCACCGGCUGAGGAAAUCCGCCCAACAGAGGACCGCGGAAGUGAGGAGGGCCACCUGGUUCCUGGCAUGUCAGACCCUCUCAGGGGUCAGGUUAUGAGGCUUUACAAAACGCUGCUGUAUCUUGGCCGCGAGUACCCACAGGGAGCCGCUUAUUUCCGAGGGCGGCUGAAGUCCGCUUUCAUGAAGAAUAAAGACGUCACCGACCCCGAGAAUAUCCAGAAGCUGGUGGCCCGCGGAGACUUCGUUAUCAAGGAACUGGAGGCUCUGUAUUUCCUCAGGAAAUAUCGAGCCAUGAAGAAGAGGUACUACGAGCCCGAAAAAUAACGAGACGUACGAAGGGAGUACAGUCACAUCAGUAGCACUUCAAUGGAGGCAGAGACGGUUUCCCUCACAGGACGAGCCAUCAUGAGGAUGAUGAUGAUCAAGCUGUUACAGAAUGUGCAUUGUAUUUUUUUUAUACCAAACUUGUAACUUAAAUGCCAGUGUUUUAGAUACUGUAUAUAUUUGUUUAUAUGUUAAUAUUUCAGCUACCCCUCCAACGCAUUUCUAAAUGACGGACGUCUAGGUGUGCCCGACUGACUGAACCUUAUUGUACAAUGUAUAUUCCGUGUAUAUAUUGUAAUUAUGUGUUCAGACGUCUUGAGUGAAUGUUCAUGCCGGUCAAUGCACUAUUGAUUGAUACACAAAAACAGUGAUGCCUUGUUUCAAAAUAAGAAAGAAUUACAGCAUUUUUUUCCCCAACAAUUUAACUAUUUUACUGUCAUUGCUUCUAUGAGAUCAAAAAUACAGUUUUCAAAGGGUUAAUGGGAGGUAUGAACCGAUAAUGCAGAAUACCUGGACUUCUAUCACUUCAUUCGUUCAUUUCAAUAUGAAAGACAUCGAUAUGAACAUGUUAGAAAUCCCGAUGUAUUAGGAAAAAUUUGAAAUUCAAAUAGUUUUAGCUUGAACUUAUUUCAAGUGUUAGAACAAUAAAAUUGGAAAAUAUGAAGACC